AUUACGCACGGAGCCUUCUCUUUCUUCGUGUAGUAACAGUGAGUACGCGUUUAAAACUCCGUGGACAGUCUGGUUACAGGUGUAGUUUGAUCUGUAUGUGUGUGAUGUUGCUUCAGCAGGCGGGUGUUUUAUUCUCUGGAAACACGGCUCCAGAUAAUUAACGGGGAGCGCAUUUCCGGCUCCACUUCAACUGACUGUUUUAACGCACAAAACAACAAGGAUGGAGCCCCAAACUGUGGUGGGUGAGAAGUUUUUCAUCGUGAUCCGCGGGAAGUCGAGGAAGGGCUUUAGCCGCGGCUGCAUCGGGCGCGCCGAGGCGGAGACGCAGCGCGGGGAGCUGACGGGGCCGCUGUACGGCGGGGGCCCCGCGGGGGCGGGGGCCCCCAAGAGCGGGGGCGCGGUGCGCAGGGAGGACACCUACCCGCUCACCCGGCACCAGGCUCAGCUGCUGCUCUUCGUGGCCAACAGCAGCAAGCGGCUGGAGCUGCUGUGCAACCCGCAGCUCUUCUCCGCCAUCUGCGAGCUGUCCCGGGACGACCUGGUGCUGGUGCGGCACAAGAAGGGCCACGUCCCCGGCCUGGUCAAGAACCUCAUGCAGGUCGGGAGGAAGGACAGCCAGGCUGACCUGCUCAUGCUCGGGUUUGAGGUGGAGUUUGUGGAAGAUGGUCAGAACUUGUCAUCCAAGAAACCUGCCCCCCUGCCUGUUUUCAGCGCAGCAGACAUCGUCCAGGUCGUCCCAUCCCACAACGUCCCGCUGGGGGUGCACUGGCGAGACGGCAAGUCUGAGGGUCUGAACAGGAAGGCGGUGACACGGAUCCAUUCCAUGCCCAGUAUUGGAUCUCGUGCACGGAAAGCCGCAGAGAGCCGAGUCAUUCAGCACCCACGCUUGGACGAAGUGCGUGAGCGUCUGGAGGUGGGAUCCAUGGUGGAGGUGGAGUCCAACACGGGGAUCAUAGUGUACGGGGUCAUCCGCUGGAUGGGGGUCCCGAGAGGGAAGACGGACCAGUGGGCCGGGAUUGAACUGGACUAUGAGGUGAACGGGUGCUCUGAUGGGAAGUAUGGAGGGCAGAGGCUCUUCACCUGCAGGGGGAACAGGGCUUUGUUUGUUCCCGUCACAAAGUGCAGCGCCGACAGCAGGUUUCCCUGUUCGUCCACAGACACGGAGCCCCUCCGGGCACCUGAGACGCCCCCAGUCCUUCCAUUUGAAGACUCGGACAGGGAUGCCCCCCCGGUCCCCGAGUCAGAGGCCACGUCGUUGUUGGUGGGGAGGAUGAAGGGGAUACAGGGUCACAUUAAUUCUUGCUACCUGGAUGCAGCUCUCUUCAGUUUGUUCGGUUCGUCUGUGACUGUGGACGCUAUCUGCCAGAAGCCUGCUGACACGGAGCGUCCUCUGACCUGCACUCUGAGAACCAUAAUAAAUCGCUUACGCAGACACGGGUUCGUGCCCGCAGAGUGUGUGAUGAAUUUUCGCAGACAGCUUGGCUGCGACAGCUUCCGGACGGAUGAAAAAGACCCGGAGGAGUUCAUCACAGUCCUGUUUCAGAAGGUGCUCUGCAUCGAGCCGCUGCUCAAGCUCAGGUCGGAAGGAGAAACCUCCCAGGGUACCUACACGCUCCAGAUCUUUCUGGAAAAAGAGCAGAUAGGACAGAUGCCCACGGUGCAGCAGCUGCUGGACGCGUCCUGCCUCACCGGCAAUCUUAAAUUUGAAGCGGUACCUUCCUGUCUAAUAGUUCAGAUGCCAAGAUUUGGAAACAAGUAUAAGAUGUUUUCCCACAUCAUUCCCAGCACGGAGCUGGACAUCACGGACCUUCUGUACAACUCUCCAAGGGAGUGCUUCGUGUGUGGCCGGUUGGCAGAGUUUGAGUGUGUUCAGUGCUUGCCAGAUCAGAGACUGCAACCAGGGAGGAUCAAACAGUACUGCACCACCUGUAACACACAGGUGCACACCCAUCCGUCGCGCGGCAGCCACGCGGCCCGUGCUCUAGCGGCUCCGGCGGACGCCGCCGCUGUCGCUCCCGUGUCCAGACAGGCCCUGCAGCUGUUCGCCGUGCUCUGCAUUCACACCAGUCACUACGUUUCCUUCGUCAAAUACGGCUCUGACCCUCACUCGUGGCUCUUCUUUGACAGCAUGGCAGAUAGAUGUGGCGACGAUCAAACUGGCUACAACAUUCCUGAGAUCCGGGCCUGUCCCGAGGUCGGGGACUUCCUGUGCCGGCGCGAGGAGGGGCCGGCCCGGGCGGACCCUCUCCAAGCUCCCGAGCUGGUGCGGCGGCUGCUCUGUGACUCCUACAUGUUUUUAUACCAGAACCCGGCGACGCCGCUUUCCAGGCCCGACCCUGGAGAACCCUAAACACAUCCGAGGACAAGGACGCCGUGUUUCAAAACAGAGCCUUUACCAACCUGUGUGAUUAGCUUUUAUGCACUUUAUGACAUCCAGACAGCAGGAACUGACAUGGAUGCAUGUGACCUCGGAGGAAAGACAGAGAAAUUGUAUGCGUUUGUAUAUUUGUUAUUCAUAAAUUUUUAUUUAUUAUACUCAAACAUAUCAAAGCUGAUGUUGAUUGAUACCCUGGGUUAAUUAUGAUGGAUUUUUUUAACCCUUAGAUGUUGUAAUUGCACCAUCACUAUUUGUAGAGUUUUAAAGGAAAUUAUGAUUUUUAUCCUCUUUCUUUUUUUUUUUUUCUUUGUUUAA